UCUCCAUAAUCCCCAAUAACACCGCUCUUUCCUUUCAUCUCUCAUUCAUCUGGCUCGAGGAUUUUGAUCCCUAAUUCCUUACGACCGUAUAAUUCAAGUUGGUCUGAUCUUAAUCUACCAGGAAGUUUUCUAUGGCGAACCGAGGUCAAAUUCCCACGAAGAACUCAGCUUUGAUCGCCAUGAUUGCUGACGAGGAUACAAUAACUGGGUUCUUACUGGCUGGGGUUGGUAAUGUUGAUCUGAGGAGGAAGACGAAUUACCUCAUCGUUGAUUCCAAAACAACGGUUAAGCAAAUUGAGGAAGCGUUCAAAGAGUUCACAACAAGGGAGGAUAUCGCAAUUGUGUUGAUCAGCCAAUACGUGGCAAAUAUGAUAAGGUUUGUAGUAGAUAGUUACAAUAAGCCUAUCCCUGCUAUUCUUGAGAUUCCUUCCAAAGACCACCCAUAUGAUCCUGCCCACGAUUCGGUUCUUUCGCGAGUCAAGUACCUAUUCUCUUCCGAAUCUGUUGCAUCUGAUCGUCGCUGAAAUAUGUUUAUGUCAUGCUUCAAUCGAGCUCUCUUUGAAGGAAAAUUUGUGCCAAUAAAACCGUGCUUUUCGCUAUUAUUGUUCAUUACUUGAACUCUUGAUUGUGAUAAAUUCAGUCUCGUUUUUAUGCUCGAGCAUGUAUCUUCUGUUUUCUUUGAAUUUAAUGUGAUUUCAUUCAAUUAUACUGUAUUAUUUGUCUGCAA